AUGCGUGCUUUUAUUGUUAUGUGCUUAGUGGCAGUCGCCUGCGCCGAUAAGCUGGGCUACAACUACCAGCCCGUUGGACACUCCAACCAAGGGUUAUCCUUCGCCCCUGGCAGCGGAAGCAUCAGCGGCGGUAGCUCGCUGGGUGGAAUUGGUGGCGGUUUGGACUCCGGUCUUAGUGGCGGCAACAUUGGUGGCGGUUCCGGUCUCGGCAGCCUCGGCAACGGCGGUCUGUCCGGCGGAAACCUUGAUGCUCCAGUCUCUUACAACGCCCCUGCCCCAGCUGCUGAAUUGGAGAAGGAGUUCUUCACCUUCACCGCCAACGAACAGGACUUCGAUGAGCCCCAAUCCCUGGACAAGGUUUCCAGCUCUCUGAACAAGGGUCUGCGUGUUGUCUUCAUCAAGGGACCUGAGAACCGUGGUCUGGAGAACGCUGCUCUCGCUUUGGCCAAGCAGGCUGCCCAGCAGGAGACCGCCAUCUAUGUCCUGAACAAGCAGGCCGAUAUCGGUGAUCUGGCCAACAAACUGAACUCCAUUCGCAGCAACACCAACAACAAGCCCGAGGUGCACUUCGUCAAGUACCGCACUCCCGAGGAUGCUGCCAAUGCUCAGCGCGCCAUUCAAGGACAGUACGAUCAACUGGGUGGCUCUUCGAAGGCUCUCGAUGGUGGUGUUGCCCCCGCCUUGAACUUUGCGUCCCAGGGUCCAGUGCGUCAGGUGACCGCCCAGUCUCCUGACAACUCGUACCUGCCUACUUCGGUCUUCCGUCGCCUGCGUCGUUAA